UUGAAAUGAUUGUGCAAUGACACUCGUAUCGCCCCUCCCAUUAAUUCCACAAUUUGUAGAGUUAAAGAGAAAAUUUGUUUUCAUCUCAAUUAUCGGAGAGGAUUUACUUGGAGAAAUCGAGAGGUAGAGUUCUUGGAGAGGGGAAAUAACGCGAAAAAAUGUCGAUGCGAGUGGAGAAAUCUGAUGAGUUCGGAGAUCUCGACGAAUUGUGGAAAAAAAUUUUCAACAGUGAAUUCACGGGAAGAUAUACGAGUGUAAAGGGGGUACGCCUUCCAGAAAUUUUCAACAAAUUUGCGGAUGAAAUCGAGAAUUUUGAGGUACGCGAUGAUGACGUCUGGGUCUGCAGUUUUCCAAAAGGAGGAACCACUUGGACCCAGGAGAUGGUUUGGUGCCUGGGGAAUGAUGUGGACCUCGAGGGUGCGAAGGCAGAUUUGUUCCAGCGAUUUCCGUUUUUCGAAGUAACAGCUGUUGUGGAUUACUCAGCAUUCAGAAAGAAAAAACCAGAUGACAGAUCGAAGAAACACGCAAUGACUAGCUUGGAAUUCUGCAGAACUCGAUCGUCUCCUAGAUUCAUCAAAACUCAUUUGCCAUUUCAGCUACUUCCUCGGGAUCUUCGCGAGGGAAAAACCAGGGCGAAAAUUAUUUACGUCUGGAGGAAUCCGAAGGACACAUGCGUAUCAUUUUUCCAUCACUCGAAACUGUUGGAGGGGUAUCGAGGAGACUUUGAGCUAUUUUGCAAAUUAUUUCUAUUUGACAAACUGUAUUGUUGUCCAUAUUGGGACCACAUCCUGGGAUUCUGGAAUAAUCGUAAUGAUAAAAAGCAUGAGAUGUUGCUGAUUAAGUAUGAAGAGAUGAAAUCAGAUUUAACAUCAGUAGUUCGGAGAACAUCAGAAUUCCUCGGAAAACCUCCACUUCCUCCAGAGAAACUGGCAAUUCUCAUGGAUCACUUGACCUUUUCGAAGAUGAAGAACAAUCCAGCUGUGAAUAAAGAGGAAUGGAUAGCGUACAUCAAACAAUUCGAUCUUUCCACGGAAGAUGGGAAAUUUAUGCGAAAGGGUGAAGUGAAUCAGUGGCAGACAGAAAUGUCUCCUGAAAUGUCUGAGAAGUUCGAUGAAUGGACUGCGGAGCACCUCAAGGCCUCCGACCUCACUCUCUAGAUGAAAUACUUUUUUCAUUCUUAUUACAAAACAAAGUAAUUGUUCACAGCAUUUACAUACCUCAGAAAUUAAAAUAAAAACUGUUCUAGAUUGUAAAAAUUGAUUCUUUAAAUAAAUGGGCAUUCUCUCAACAGAA